GGUUGAGCCAACUACUAGCUUGUUUGUUAAGCCAUUCACUUCCCUUGUUUGUUAAGAGCUGAGCUACAUUUAUUCUCUUCUUCUUGAGCCCCUGGCCUCCCCCUCCUGCCAGGCUGCGCAUUCUUUCUCCAGCUCUCUGAUAAGCUAGCCAGCGUCGUCGUCGUGUCUUGUUAGUUAUUAGCUCUAUCUCGCCGCCCUGCAGCUGCUGAUCGAGUGAGGGAAUUCAGCAGCAGCAGCAGCAGGUAGCAUAGCAUAGAUAUGACGGCGGCGGAGGUGGAGGCCGCCAAGGACAUCGCCGAGGAGAAGGCCGUCGUGCCGUUGCCACCGUCGCCCGCCAAGCCGGCCGACGACGACUCCAAGGCCAUCGUCGCUCUUGUCGUCAAGGCUAUUAUUGGAGGCUCAACUGAAAGAGAUGCUUACCUCGCCAAGAUCGUGUCCGAGAAGAGGCUGAGUCUGAUCACCGCCUGGGAGGAGAGCCAGAAGGCGAGAGCCGACAACAGGGCUGCCAAGAAGCUUGCCUUCAUCACGUCCUGGGAGAACGCCAAGAAAGCGGAGAUGGAGGCGGAGCUCAGAAAGAUCGAGGAGCAACUGCAGAAGAAGAAGGCGGCGUACGAGGAGAAGCUCAAGAACAAGCUGGCGAUGCUGCACAGGACGGCGGAGGAGAGGAGGGCGCAGACGGAGGCCAGGCGCGGCGAGGAGACCAUCCUGGCGGAGGAGAUGGCCGCCAAGUACCGCGCCAAGGGCGAGGGCCCCACCAAGCUCUUUGGCCUCUUGAAAGCGUGACCUCUGCUAUGGAGAAUGCCCUGUUUCGUGCGUGUAUUAAUUUCGUAUUCUCAACAAGUGCACUUGGUGUGUGUGCUGUUUGUUAUUUUCUCUCUUGUAUUCCAAGGCUUGCUUGACAAUAUCUGUUGUAUUGUAUUUGUAUAGGAGUGCAGUGCAGUGCAGUGCUAUUCUUUCUUCUCGCU